CGGCAGCUUUCAAGGCAGCGAGUCGCUCACGACCCGAACGCAACAGAAAGCAGACAUAAAAAGAAAAAAGACAACAGGGCGAAGAUGCAAGCGGCCAGUGACACCGUUCGUGAUGUGCAACGGGCAGAAGGGGACCACCAGCAACAACAACAGCAGCAGCAUGAGGGACAAGGGGAGGAGAGCCAGAAGCCCGUGAAUGGAGAGGAGGAGGAGGAGGAGGAGGACGGCAUUGACGCCCCUCUUGUAUUUCAGUGCGCAGCGUGUCGUGCUGUUGUUGGUGACUCCUUUGCGUGGGUGUGCUCUGACCAGGACCUCAACACCAUCACCCUUACGGGCGCUGCACCUGGCGUGAAAAUCAAUGGUCAACUCGAAACAUCAACACAAGGACGGGACUUGGGCAGCACAUACGUCACCUUCCAGUGCAGUUGCGGGGCGAUAUUGGGUCGCGUGUACCAAACAACUGCACGCCACUUGGAUCACAUGCGGGAUCUGAUGACGUUUGACUUGGAUGCACUCACCAGCUACAAGCUUGGAUCUGUCGGCGUGUCUGCUGAUGAGAAUGACGAGCUCACAUUUCCCAGCGCCAUUCGCAUGAAGGAGGACAUUGGGAAGAUCCAACUGCUGAUGAUCACCCAUGACGAAAAGCUGUCUGAGUUGCAGGAGAAAGUCGCACACAUGGAGCAUCAGGCCAGCAUACACCAAGAACAGCCGCAAACACGAAGCUCAAAACGCAGUAAACGAAAGUGACAUGACAUGAUGUGACAUGAACACUCAACCGCCCUGAUGUGAUGAUUGGGUUUAGCCCAUGACACAAUAAGCGCACGGUUCGGAAUCAUCGUCUCAAAAGUAUCGCA